AUGUUGAAGACGACGCAGCUACCUCAAGGUCCACCUGGUAGGGCUAGAAGGAAGCGAUUUGGUAGAAAGACCUAUCAAACGCCCACCAGCUCAGCCACGGACCAGCAAGGCUCCUCACGACGCGUUACUGAAAUCAACAUUGAAGAAUCGGCUCCAAAACGUAUUACUAGGCCUCAAGAAGAUCAGCCGCCUCCAAACAUCGGACCAAGCGACGAGCUGGCAACCACCCUUCGCAUUCCCAAUGCCCGUAGCACGACACCUGCUUAG